AACGCCGCCGCACGUCAUUCGUGCCCCCUUGCUGCCAUGACAACGGGCGCUGGCAGGGAAGCCUGGAAGGGCGGUGGGCGGGGUCUGCACGCCUCCCGUCUCCCGAGGACCCGCCCUCUGGAAACUUCUUUAGUGCAUUUUGUGAAUUGGACACACGAGUACUUUGCAUUGGAAAACAAAUGAAGGAGGCCGAGGACAAGUGAUUUCCUGCAUACAGUGUCUAGGGUAGCCCUUUCCCUGGCCAUGGAGGGAAAAUAUAUCCCUGAUCCGUAUAUUUCUGGAGACCCCGAGAGGUGAAGGGAUGCAGUAAACGCUCCCAGAGUCCCUCUGGAAUGCAGAUCACUUUUGCUGUCAAGCCACCUUUCCCUUGCUCUCAACCCUUACCCCUGCCAUAUAAGGAGAGGCAGCUGCUAGGGGCGUCCCUAGGAUCUAAAGAUAGAGGCCCUUGCCUGGGACUCCAAAACCCACAGGGCAGCUGGAGUCACUAUGGAACGGCAGCCCGCCCGGACCCUGUGGUACGACAGACCCAAAUAUGUUUUCAUGGAGUUUUGUGUUGAGGACAGCACCGACGUGAAGGUGCUCAUUGAGGAUCACCGCAUUGUGUUCAGCUGCAGGAACGGUGAUGGAGUGGAGCUGUACAAUGAGAUUGAGUUCUAUGCCAAGGUGAACUCCAAGGACUCCCAGGACAAGCGCUCUGGUCGCUCUAUCACUUGCUUUGUGAGGAAAUGGAAGGAGAAGGUGGCCUGGCCACGGCUCACCAAGGAGGAUAUCAAGCCCGUGUGGCUCUCUGUGGACUUUGAUAACUGGAGAGACUGGGAAGGAGAUGACGAGGUGGAACUGGCUCAGGUGGAGCAUUAUGCAGAGCUUUUAAACAAGGUCAGCACCAAGAGACCUCCGCCUGCCAUGGAUGAUCUAGACGAUGAUUCUGAUAGUGCGGAUGCAGCAACUAAUUAACUUUCUGUGACAGCAGAGCUGGGAGGAGGCUGUAGCUACCUCUGUCAUGCUGAAAAGCUGUGAUGCACCUUCAUCAACUGUUUUGCUAUGCAUCAAGAUCCACUGAGACCUCU